AGGAAUAAGAUUGACAUCGCAAAACAUUGUCAUGAAAACAAGAUUGCAAUGUUUUUUAGUCUUUGGUUUUGACUUUAAUAUUAUUCUCAGUGUGCAAUUAUUUCGAAGCUUAAUAUAUUAAGAAACUCACGAUGAUAUGACGACUAUACUGCAGGAAAGAAAAAAAUGUUGUUUUUCACGUGGAUAUUCUAAUGUUUUAGUGGAGAAAGUGUCAUGUGAAAUCAGAAAAUCACCUUCAAUGAUGUGGAAGAGGUCGAUUGUGCAAGCAACAAAUAGGUGCACUCGCUACGCCAUGGCCCUGGCACUAGCUUGCCUCGUUUUUGUUGGCACGUGGCAGAGCAGCUACGGCGCCGACUUGGUGAUCGAGAUCCCGGGAUCGGGCGGCGGCGGCGGCGGCGCGGACGCCGGCGCGGACGGCGGCCGCUACCGGCUCGACUACCGGCCGCCGCACGGCUCGCCCGCGCCCAACUACACCGUGCCGGCGCGCGCCUCCACCAUCAACUUCCAGGGGCUUCCCGGCACCAAGUACCAUUUCAUGCUCUACUACUCCAACGCCACAUUUGCAGACCUCCUGACGUGGAAUCAAACCAUUAUUACGGCACCUGAGCCGCCGACCAACCUGACAGUGACGCUCGGUCGCAACAAGCAGGCCACCAUAUCGUGGUCGCCGCCCGUCCACGGCGACUACACCGGCUUCAGAUUUAAGGUGAUCCCGCUGACGGACCGCGGCGGCGGCGGCGCACAGAACAUCACGGUGGCGGGCGCCGGCAACUGGACGCACACGCUGUCCGAGCUGGCGCCCGGCGCCACCUACCAGCUGCACGCCUUCACGCUGCUGCACGACAAGGAGAGCGCCGCCUACGCCUCGCGCAACUUCACCACGCGGCCGAACACGCCGGGCAAGUUCAUCGUGUGGUUCCGCAACGAGACCACGCUGUUGGUGCUGUGGCAGCCGCCCUACCCGCCCGGCGCCUACACCCACUACAAGGUGUCGAUCGUGCCGCCGGACGCGCAGGAGUCGGAGCAGUACGUGGAGAAGGAGGGCGAGCCGCCCGGGCCGGCGCAGGCCGCGUUCAAGGGGCUGGUGCCGGGCCGCGCCUACAACAUCUCCGUGCAGACCGUGUCCGAGCAGGAGGCGUCCGCGCCCACCACCGCGCAGUACCGCACCGUGCCGCUGCGCCCGCGCAACCUGUCGCUGGCCGCGCCGCGCGCCGAGACCGCCGCGCGCGUGCGCUGGCUGCCGCCCGGCGACGACAGCGAGUUCGAGCGCUACCAGGUGUCGGUCUCCACCACCAGCGGCGCAGGCACCACCGCCGGCCGCCGCGCCGCGCCCGUGCUGCGCGCGCGCCGCGACCCGCCCGAGUGGACCUUCGACGGGCUCGAGCCGGGCGCGCACUACACCGUCAUCGUCAAGACCAUGUCCGGCAAGGUCACCUCCUGGCCCGCCACGCUCGACCUCACGCUCAAGCCGCUGCCGGUACGCGAGCUGAGCGUGCAGCCCACAACCGGUGAUGUGGUGCGCCUGCGCUGGAGCCCGGCCCCCGGCAGUACCCAGGACCAGUACAAGAUAUCGUACCACGAGGCGGGCCCGUCGCGCGACGACAGCAACACGCUGACCACGACCGCGACCAACGUGACGCUCGAGUCGCUGCUGCCCGGCCGCAACUACACCAUCACCGUGAGCGCGGUGUCGCGCGGCGCCGAGUCCAACGAGAGCGCCGUGAGCGUGGCCACGCGGCCGUUGGCGCCUGUCGUGCUGUCCACCACGCCGCAGCAGCGCUCGCUGACGCUGGUCUGGCACUCCGACGUCAACUCGCGCCAGGACGGCUACGUGCUGCACUACCGCCGCCACACCACUGCGCCCGCCGCGCCCGCCGAAUACCUCACGCUCGAGACGAAGGAGACGAACGCGACGCUCGAGGACCUGUUCCCGGGCGCCGUGUACGAGAUCCAGGUGGCGGCCGUCAGCCACGGCCUGCAGAGCGACCCCCAAACCGUGCUCAAGCCAGUCCGGCCGCUGCCGCCGCGCGAGCUGCACGUGGAGCGCGUGACGUCGGACGCGGUGGAGGUGCGCUGGCGCGGGCCGGGCGGCGGCAGCGCCGUGGGCCACUACGUGCUGCAGUACCGCGCCAGCGAGGCGGCCGCCUGGCUGGCGCCGCCGCCGCUGCCGGCCGCCGCCGCGCGGCACGAGCUGGCCGGCAUGACGCACGGCGAGCGCUACCACAUCCGCCUCGACAGCGCCAGCGAGCCCGCCGCCGGCGACGCCGUGCUCAGCGGCGCGCCGCUCUCCGCCUACCACACCGUCCGUCCCAACCCGGUGUCGAACGUGGCGCAGCUGGCCGACACGCGCAACAUGACGCUGGAGUGGCCGCGCGCGGCCGGCCGCGUCGACUGGUACGAGCUGCGCUGGUGGCCGCGCGACGACCCCGCCGGCCCGGCGCGCUGCGGCGGCGGCGGCGGCGGCGCGGCCGGCGGCGCGGCCGGCGCGGCCGGCGCGGACGGCGCGGCGGCGCAGUCGCGGCGGCUGCAGCCGGCGCCGGGGCCCGCGCGGCUGGAGCGCGCGCUGCUGGACGGGCUGCAGCCCGGGCUCGGCUACGGCGUCUCCAUCGCCGCGCACUCCUACAACCUCACCAGCGACCUCUUCACCAUGGACACGAGGACGCGUCCACUGAUUCAGUCAGAAAUGACAAUAGUGAACGAAUCGGACGGCGACGCAGACGCGGAUAACGAGACGCUCUCCACCACGCUGAAAGUGGUGUACACGCGCACGCCGGCGACGGCGAGCCGCUUCGACUCGUACCGCUGGCGGCUGGAGGCGGGCGAGGAGGAGGCCGGCGGCGGGGGAGGCGGAGGAGGAGGGGAGGCGCCGCGCUGGGAGGAGCGCGCCGCGGACGCGGGCGGCCAGCAGGUGGUGUUCAGCGGGCUGGUGCCCGGCCGCCUCUACAACCUCACCAUGUGGACCGUCUCCUGCAACGUCACCUCGCACCCCGUGCAGCGGCAGGCGCGCCUCUUUCCGCGGCCGAUCACGCAGCUGAACGCGACGGCGGUGGGCGCGCGCGAGGUGACGCUGGCGUGGGACGAGCCCGCGGGCGUGUACACGGACUUCGAGGUGCAGUACCUGGCCGCCGCCGACCAGCUGCAGACGCACUACACCGCCGGCCGCACCAUCACCAUCACGGGCCUGCAGCCGCACACGCUCUACACCUUCACCGUGGUGGUGCGCGCGGGGCGGCGCGGCGCGCUGCAGGCGCCGUCGCGCGCGCACUCGGCGGCGGCGCGCACGCGCCAGGCGCCGCCCGCCGCGCCGCGCGGCCUCGCGCUGGCAGACGCCGCGCCCGGCCAGCUGCGCCUCGCCUGGGACCUGCCCGCCGCCGACCGCCACGGCGUGCUGCACCAGUUCGUGCUGCGCUACGAGCCCGCCGACACCGCCGCCGCCGACCACGCCGCCGCCGCCGCCGCCGAGCUGCGCUUCCCGCCGGACGCGCGCGCCGGCACCGUGGCCGGCCUGCGGCCCGGCGAGCGCUACUCGCUGGCGCUGUGGGCGGUGAACGGCGCGGGCGCGGGCGCCGCGGCGCGCGCCACGCACCGCCUGGCCAUCGGCGCGCCGCCGCCGCCGCCGCCGCACGCCACGCCCGCCGAGGUGCGGCGCGCGCCCACCGCCGUCGCCGUGCGCUUCCGCGCCGACUACUUCUCGCCCGCCAACGGCAACCUCACCGCCUACACGCUCGUGCUGGCCGAGGAGCCGCGCGACGACACGCCGCCGCCGCUGCCCUCGUGGCGCGACGUGCACCGCCUGCCGCUCUGGCCCCCCUACCAGGUGACGGAGCCGUACUACCCGUUCGCGUCGUCGCCGGUGGAGGAGUUCACGAUCGGCGCGGAGCGCUGCGAGGCGGCGGGCCGCACGUACUGCAACGGGCCGCUCAAGCCCGGCACGCGCUACUACGUCAAGCUGCGGGCCUUCACCGCGCCCGACAAGUACGCCGACACCGCCUACGCCGUGCUCUACACCGAGGUGGACAACACGGCGUGGGUGGCGGGCGCGUGCGCGGCGGGCGCGUGCGCGGCGCUGGCGGGCGGCGCGCUGCUGCUGGUGCGGCGGCGCCGCGCCGGCCGCCGCGCGCGCCGCCGCCGCCGCCGCCGCGCGCCCGCCGCGCCGCCGCCCGCGCCGCGCGCGCAGCGGCCCGUGCGCGUCGCCGACUUCCGCGACCACUACCGCCUCAUGGCCGCCGACUCCGACUUCAGGUUCAGCGAGGAGUUCGAAGAGCUGAAGCACGUGGGGCGCGAGCAGCCGUGCACGGCGGCGGACCUGCCGUGCAACCGGCCCAAAAACCGGUUCACCAACAUCCUGCCGUACGACCACUCGCGCUACAAGCUGCAGCCCGUCGACGACGAGGAGGGCUCCGACUACAUCAACGCCAACUACGUGCCUGGCCACAACUCGCCGCGCGAGUUCAUCGUCACGCAGGGCCCGCUGCACUGCACGCGCGACGACUUCUGGCGCAUGUGCUGGGAGUCGGGCUCGCGCGCCAUCGUGAUGCUGACGCGGUGCGUGGAGAAGGGCCGCGAGAAGUGCGACCGCUACUGGCCGUACGACACGCGGCCCGUGUACUACGGCGACAUCGCCGUCACCGCGCUCAACGAGAGCCGCUACCCGGACUGGACCGUGACCGAGCUGAUGGUGUGCCGCGGCGCCGAGCAGCGCGUGCUCAAGCACUUCCACUUCACCACGUGGCCCGACUUCGGCGUGCCCGACCCGCCCACCACGCUGGCCAGGUUCGUGCGCGCGUUCCGCGACCGCUGCCCGGCCGACGGCCGGCCCGUCGUCGUGCACUGCAGCGCCGGCGUCGGCCGCUCGGGCACCUUCAUCACGCUCGACCGGGCGCUGCAGCAGCUAGCGGCGCACGCGGAGUACAUCGACAUCUUCGGCAUGGUGUACGCGAUGCGGCGCGAGCGCGUGUGGAUGGUGCAGACCGAGCAGCAGUACAUCUGCAUCCACCAGUGCGUGGUGGCCGUGCUCGAGGGCCAGGACCUGACGCCGCCGCCGCACCACCCGCACCACAACCACAACCAUCACCUCAACCCCGCGUUCGAAGACGACGAGGGCAUCGCGGAGUCCGGCAUGUGAGGCCGGCCCACGCCGGCGGCGCCGCGCCGGGGCUCGCUCGCCGACACCGACCUGGCACGUCACACUGUUUCUCUUCGCUUGCGAGUCACGUUUAAAGCCGUCAAGCUACUACUCCGAAGAGGUUACGUCUACAUAGGCUGUAAGUCAAUAGGCCCUCUUCGUUUACUAUAAACCGCAUACUACGACGAGUUGACGUCGCAACGGCUCCGGAACAAGUGACGAUGCCGAUUAGAGAACAAAAAAUACUGUUGGCAAUAUAUAACGCAGCCGGGCCGCCGAGGAGCCGCGUGGCGACUUGCCGCGGACUUGACAUUAGGUUGUAUGUACUUAACGAUCAAUUCGCGCUUAGCUAGAUGCGUAUAUUGUACAAUAGACAUAGAUUGAUACGAGAUGAUAUAUUUUUUAUUGUAUAUCGACAGGACCAAUAUAUUAGUUAAGUAAUAUGUAAAUAGAUUAAGUUGUAAAGGGCUCGUUGCAACAAUGAGCGGCGCGGCGCCGCGGUCGGACCGGCGGCGCCGCGCCGCGCUCUCCUCUGCGAUACUGUAUCAUAGUUUAUUUAUACUGAGGAGAUGUUUCACACGCGCACAGAGCGCGCCCACUGCCGCUCCUACCAUAUUAUAAACAAAGCUAUUCCAAAACAUAUAUGUAUUUAAUACAUCCUUUUCGUACAAAUUUGCUUUAUUCUCUGGAGUACACACAGCAACAACAGUUUAGAAUUCAAUAUUUGCAACCCAACUCAGACGGCAGCUGUUUUGCAAGUGUUCGGGAAAAGGUGGAGUUUUUACUGUACCGCUUGAAUGGCUGACAAGCAUACGGCCCGCAUGAUGAAACUGGCAAAUGUCGCCUAUGGACGGAAACUUCAAAUAAUAGUCAAAUGUACUUGAGUUCAAUUGAUAAUUUUAUUUUCGUUUAUAUAUACAUAGCUUAUGCAAUCUAUCUAUUUAUCUGUCUAUCUUUCUUAUUUAUAUAAAUAAAAAUCAAUUGCCGUAUGUGUGUAAGCACAUCAUUACAGAACUAUUUGUUAUAUUUCUAGUUUUAUUUAUUCAUUUGAAAUAGAAACACUAAUAAUAAAUACACAUAUUAUGUAUAAAUUGAGUAACAAUUUUCGUGUCACAUGCUGGUAUGCGUACCCAGACCCACACCUGCAUCUACACCACAUUUACUAUUAUAAUGAAAUAAUAUAAUCGGAAUAAUUAAAUGUAGCAUAAAUUCAUAAAUAGAUAUACAUACACACGUACAUUAAUAUUACACUCCAAUUAUUAUUAUUAUGCGUGCGAUGUCGGGCGACAGCUAUACUAUAAGAACUAAAUGAUUAUAUUAGGAAACUUCACUGAAUUAUGUUUUAUACUGCUGUAUUAUUUAUGUAUAUGUUCUAGAAAUAGUAUGUUUCCCUAAUAAAGUAAAACAACAUAUUGCAAAGCUUCAAACAUGUUCUUUUUAUUACAGUCAGAAGCAAAUGACUAUAAAAUUUCUUUUUCCAACGGUCUCCUUAUUUGUUUACAUUUUGUGAGAUAAUGUGUGUAGAUACCAGGCGCAGUGUGAAACAUGUCCUAUUACAAAUCUAUUCUAGUGUUGAUAUAUUGUUAUGUAUUUUAAUGUUAUGGCAUCCUUUGUACUUACUUACCGUGAAUCUCAUAUUAUGUACUUAAUUUUUAUUAUUUUGUUUGUUUGUUUACAAUGUUAAAUGUGUACUUACUAUAUUGUACCUGCUCAAUCGUUCGUGCAAUUGAUGUAUUUUUUGACUAAUUUUUUAGAUAGACUUACGAGUGUUACGCAGCGGAAUCCAUUGUUUACAUUUGGUAUUAACAUUUACGUCCAUCUCCCGCAUCCGAAAACUUUGUCCAAUAGAGAUAGGAAGUGAUCAUAUGAUAGUGUAGUGGCAGGGGCUUCCAAUUUUACAUUCCUAAUAGUAGUGAUAAGUGAGGCUUACGGCUAAUAUAUUAAUGUUUUAUACACACCAGUACGUGCUAACCACGAUCACGAUCUAAUUUAUAACAGCACGUUGAACGCGUGCACUAAACAUAAAUAAUAAACAUACUUUAUUUUUUCAA